AACCAUUUGCAGCAUCCUGCUCAAGUAACAAAAAAGCACCAAAACGCCAAUUGUCAGUGCCUUCGACCCGACCAUUUUUAUAAUAUUAAAAAAUCAUCUUUCCCCCGUAAAGCAGUACCCGGCGGUCCAAAGUCUUGCGACAAUCACAAUGGAGAAAUCAAGCGCUCUGUUACUCUCCUUCCUCUUCUUGGCUUCGCCGUUGCUGUCAGUCUCAGGGGAAAGGGAACUCACGGCAGCAGCUCCCGCACGAGGCGUGUUGAAUUCCAAGGCAGCCGUCUACAUCGUUACCUUGAAUCCAGUAGACGGGCUGGAUGAAGAAUCCUUGCACGUUGAAACCCUUUCUUCCAUUCUCGGGAGUGCCGAGGCGGCUAAGAAGGCGCUAAUCUAUAGUUACAAGCACGUUGUACAUGGUUUCGCCGCUAGGCUAAUUCCUGAACAAGCUGCAGAGUUGACUA